CGGGCCCCGCCGGCCGGGCCGGGCCGGGCCGCCCCCGCGAGGCACCGCCGGCAGCGCCCCGAUCCCGGAACGCCGCGGUGCCGCGCCGCUCUGCUGGCCAGCAAAAUCCAAAUAAACACCUCCGAAACGUUCGGGCAGGCAGCAGAAAACAAAAAUGCGCCCGAUGCGGAUCUUUGUGAACGACGACCGGCACGUGAUGGCCAAGCACUCGGCCGUGUACCCCACGCAGGAGGAGCUGGAGGCCGUGCAGAACAUGGUGUCCCACACGGAGCGGGCGCUCAAAGCCGUCUCCGACUGGAUUGACGAGCAGGAGAAGGUCAGCGGGGAGCAGCCGGAGACGGAGUCCAUGGAGACGGCGGCCGAGGAGGAGAACAAGGAAGGAGGGGAUCAGAAAGCCACGGAGCAGCUGACGAGGACCCUGCGGGGGGUGAUGCGCGUGGGGCUCGUGGCCAAAGGCCUCCUGCUGAAGGGGGACCUGGACCUGGAGCUGGUGCUGCUGUGCAAAGACAAACCCACGGCCAAGCUCCUGGAGAAAGUCGCCGAUAAUCUGGGAGUGCAGCUGGCGGCGAUCACCGAGGACAAGUACGAGAUCAUCCAGUCUGUGGGAGACGCCGCCAUCAUCAUCAAGAACACCAAGGAGCCCCCGCUGACCCUGACCAUCCACCUGACGUCGCCCGUGGUCAGGGAGGAGCUGGAGAAGCAGCUGGCCGGAGAAACGCUCUCAGUCACCGACUCCCCGGACGUUCUGGACAGGCAGAAAUGCCUUGCUGCCUUGGCGUCUCUGCGCCACGCCAAGUGGUUCCAGGCCAGGGCCAACGGGCUGAAGUCGUGCGUCAUCGUGAUCCGGGUGCUGCGGGACCUGUGCACGCGCGUUCCCACCUGGGCCCCGCUCAGAGGAUGGCCGCUGGAGCUGCUGUGUGAGAAGUCCAUCGGGACGGCGAACCGGCCGAUGGGCGCGGGCGAGGCGCUGCGCCGGGUGCUGGAGUGCCUGGCCUCGGGCAUCGUCAUGCCAGAUGGUUCUGGUAUUUAUGACCCUUGUGAAAAAGAAGCCACUGAUGCUAUUGGGCAUCUAGACAGACAACAAAGGGAAGAUAUCACACAGAGUGCUCAGCACGCGCUGCGGCUCGCCGCCUUCGGCCAGCUCCACAAGGUCCUGGGCAUGGAUCCCCUGCCCUCCAAAAUGCCCAAGAAACCAAAGAACGAGAACCCAGUCGAUUAUACCGUUCAGAUCCCACCCAGCACCACGUACGCCGUGACUCCCAUGAAGCGGCCGAUGGAGGAGGACGGGGAGGAGAAAUCCCCCAGCAAAAAGAAAAAGAAGAUUCAGAAAAAAGAGGAAAAGCUGGAGCCUCCACAGGCCAUGAACGCGCUGAUGAAGCUGAACCAGCUCAAACCAGGGCUCCAGUACAAACUGGUGUCCCAGACCGGCCCCGUGCACGCUCCCAUCUUCACCAUGUCCGUGGAGAUCGACGGCAGCACCUUCGAGGCCUCGGGGCCGUCCAAGAAAACAGCAAAGCUUCACGUGGCUGUGAAGGUGCUGCAGGACAUGGGUUUGCCCACCGGAGUGGAAGGCAAGGACUCCGGCAAGGGCGACGAGUCGGCGGAGGAGACGGAGACGAAGCCGGUGGUUGUGGCUCCUCCGCCCGUGGUGGAAACGGUGUCGACGCCCACGGCGGCCUCACCCCCCUCGGAUCAGACCCCUGAGAACGUGAAGCAGCAGGGACCAAUCCUGACAAAGCACGGGAAGAACCCGGUGAUGGAGCUGAACGAGAAGCGGCGCGGGCUCAAGUACGAGCUGAUCUCGGAGACGGGCGGGAGCCACGACAAGCGCUUUGUCAUGGAGGUGGAGGUGGACGGGCAGAAGUUCCAAGGUGCCGGCUCAAACAAGAAAGUGGCCAAAGCCUACGCGGCGCUGGCCGCGCUGGAGAAGCUGUUCCCGGAUGCUCCCGUUGCCAUCGAGCAGAACAAGAAGAAAAGAGCCCCUGUUCCAGCCAGGGGCGGCCCCAAAUUCCCAGUCAAACAGCACAACCCGGGGUUCGGCAUGGGGGGGGGCCCCAUGCACAACGAGGCCCCCCCACCCCCCAACAUGCGGGGCCGCGGCCGGGGCGGAAACAUCCGGGGCCGGGGGAGAGGCCGGGGCGGCUUCGGCGGCAACCACGGCGGCUACAUGAACACAGGGGCUGGGUACGGGAGCUAUGGCUACGGAGGGAAUUCCGCCACCGCUGGCUACAGUAAGUGCCUUUUUCCACCCAAAAUCCCAACGGGUGUCGUCGGGCCAGGGACUAAAAUUUCCCAGGAGAAUGGCUCAAGGGAGGGGAAGCUUUUUUUUUUAAGGGUUCUUGGUUUUUAA